AUGGGCCUCACACCCGUUCAUUUCUUCUCCCAUGGCUCGACCAUGAUGUUGGGAGAAGAGUCGGAGAGUGCAGACUACUGGAAGAAGUGUGGAGAUGAAGCCCUGGAGCGUAAUAUCAAGGGCGUCGUCAUUAUGGGUGCUCAUUGGGACUGCAUGGGGGACAAGAUUGAGCUGUCGACAAAUCCCAACCCAAACAAGAGCCCAGUGGCCUAUGUGCAUCCCGACAAGUACCAGAACUACAAGCUCAACCCCGAUCUCGAAACCACAAAGCGCUGCAUCCAAAUGCUGGCCCAGGAGGGAUUCAACGUGAGCGGCAAUGACACGUUUGACUGGAUCCACGACGUAUAUCUCAUUCUCAUCCGCAUGUUCCCGGGAGGAUGUCCACCGACGACUCUGGUCUCAGCCAACGCCCGCUACGACCCUCAUUUCCACAUGAAGAUCGGCUCAACCCUGCGUCGGCUACGACGAGAAAACUACCUCAUCAUCGGGACAGGAGGAGCGGUGCACAAUCUAUACCGGAAUCGAUGGGCGCCUAUGAUGCGCUUCCGGGAUAACUUUGCGAUGGAGACACCACCGGAGGAUUGGGCCAUGGAGUUUCGCCAGGCGGUCGAGGAUGUCAUCACCAAGACGUCCGGUGUGCAGUUACGGCGUGCUAUGACAAGGCUCAUGAAGCAUCCCCGAUUCCGAGAUGCACACGCCACCGAUGACCACUUCAUGGCUGCCAUGUUUGUAGCUGGCGCCGCAGGAGAUGAAGAGGAUGAGAAUACGCCGGCAAUUCUGGGUGCUGAGAGUUGGGAGUUGACCAACAUGUGUAACUCGCAAUUUACCUUUGGAAGAUGGCCCAAAGAGAUCGCCGUGUAA